AUGACUGUCAGAAUCGCCACACCGCCGGAGAAGAACCCCUUCGCCGAUAAACUCCGCCGGGAACACUUUGAAAUGCAACAAGUCAUGGACCAAGUCCGCCUCCAGAACCAAGUGCUGUUCCAGUUGCACGAGCAGCAAAUCUCCCCAUCACCGACUCAUUCCAGUGUUUCUCCUCUAGUUCCAAAGCCUGAUUCUCCAGCUGCUAAGAAAGAAGAUAAGAAGGUGCAGCGAAACGGGUUUGACCGGUCCAAAACUUGGUACGAGAAGAAGAACAACAGAAAGAUCUUCAAGAAGAGCCCUGGCACUCCAAAGAAAUUUGCUUCAUCUUGA